CUUGGUUAAUGGUUAACGGGAAACCUGUGUAAAGCCUCAUCCGCACAUUCUUGUGUUCGUGGAAGCCCGCAUCGGAAAGGAAAAAAGAGGCACCCACUUUUAUAGAUACGUUCACUACUACUACUAUUUUGGUCUCACCGAAAAUCUGUCGGAUGCCGAAAGGGCUCAUGCUUGUCAUCAUCACCUUUCAGCAGUAAGAGCUUGGGUCAAAAUUCACUUCAUGUCUCGCGAGAUUUGAGGUUGAUCGUUGAAUGUGAGAGUUUUUCAUCCUUCACUAUACCUCAAGCUCGGAAAACCUUCGUCAAAUCUCGAAACUGUACGAGAAGAGCAAAAGAAGAAAGAGCGAGGGAGAGGGAGACUGCCAACCAUGGCCGGGCCAACACCUCCAGUUGAAAGCACCGCCACAGACGAGCCCGUCUCUGUCCUCGAUCACGUCUCGAGCGUCUGGUCUCACAAGAUCCACGCCAGCCAGCCCUACGCCCUCCUCAUCCCUACCAUGCGCAUUACCUCUGCCACCUCGGACGGCCGCGUGACCGGCGAGAUGGUCCUCGAGCCUUCGCACGUCAACUCGCUCGGCGGCAUUCACGGCACCACCAGCGCCGCCAUCAUCGACUUCUCCGCCGGCAUGGCCAUCGUGGCACGGUCCGGCGGCGAGAAGACGGGCGUGUCGACGGACAUCCACGCCAGCUACGUGAGCAGCGCGCGCGUGGGCGACACGAUCGAGGUCGAGUGCUGGCUGAACAAGCUGGGGAGGAGCAUGGCCUUUACGAGCGUCGAGAUCAGGAAGAAGGAUGGCGAAGGCGAGGGGAAGGGUAGUAAGAAGAAGGUCUUGGUCACAGGGAGCCACACCAAAUUCGUUGCAUAGUAAAGGUGUGUGUAUACUUCAUUGUUGAUGUUUCUUUCAAAGCCUUACAAAACAGGAUACAGGAGACAUGUCACCGGUAUAACACAGUCAAUAAUGCUCUAGACAAGAA